AUGAGUUCUCCGCGGGGCCACGAGGACCAGGCGGCGAUUCCUCGCAGCAGUACGCCUGCUACGAACUCCGACGUAAUCGCUGAAGAUCUGCGACAAUUCAACCGCUCUCCCCAUCCCUACCAUCGGAGCAAACGCCUUGGGUCGCGAACGCCCUCCGAGUACGGCGAUCGCUUGCAACCACUCUCUUACUACUCGAAAUCAUCACGUACACCGAGCGACAGCGGCACAGAGGCGGAUGACGAAAGUACGGGUAUACUAAGAGGACUCCCAGCACCACCUCUCCGUCCUCGAAAGGGCCUGCGAUCAGGUGGACUUGGCGGCCUAGAUGGAGAUGCGUGGCUGCCUACAUUACAGCCAUGGCCAUCAUUCGUGCGACAAACGGCACGAGGGCUUCGGCGCAGCUCAGAGGAGGACUUAGAAGGGAAGGUAGCUGCAGACCAAUGCAUGAGCCAUCGGAGGCGAGUGGAGAUCCUACGACGCCUGAUGGAGACUGCGCUCCUACUCUCGGUAGGCGCGGUGGUUCUAUUUCAAAAGGACUCUCGCUCGCUGGCCUGGACCUGGAGCAAAGAGCUUGCCGCUCAUGGUCUCCUUCUUAUCGGGCUGUAUGCCACCUAUCCACUCCUGCUUCGACUCUCAAGAAGCCGGUCGGGGCGCAUAUGGCCCUCCCGUCGACCUUUCUUCUCUAUUCCCACGACUUUUGACCCGGCUCCUCUCCUAUAUCCGAUUUUAAUUCCGAUCUUUGUUUCGCUAUCUCUCACACACCACCGCCCGGCUUUGGUGAUGCCAAACAUCAUUCUAAGCCUUUCCUCGCUGCCAGCCCCUGUGAUACCCCUACAAAACUGGAUAAACGGCAUCAGUCUUUCACAUUGGAUGGUGACACUAGUCCCAAUCCUCGUGUCCGAGCAUCUGACUUUCGACUCUUCCGUUGCUAAACCAUUGAUCCUUCGCGGACAUGAUGCGGAAUCAUUACUUCUUCUUUUCCCUUUGUAUCAAGCGUUGAUACCCACUUUGGACUUCUUGUUAACGACAAGCAUUCUUCCUGCGGAGCUACAGCUAUUGGCAACUGCUCUGAUUAAUCUGUAUUUGUUUGCGGCCUCCCCCCAGGCUGAGAUUCUGAAAGCUCUGUUGUGGUUAGGCGGGAUGUGUUUAUUUGCUUCAUGUCGGUACGUACUGCGCUGGGAAGUGGCUCUGGCUCGCAUUCCUAGCUGGAAGUUCCGACGCUCAAUCAGCGGCUCUCAGUCGCCCCGAAAAUUUUUGAACAUGGUGGACCACCGACUUUGUCAGAAGUUGAGCCGAGCCGGUGCCUCCGACGAGCCUACUUCUGACAGUGAUGGACCUUGUAGUGUCCCAAGAUCCCGCAAGUCGAGGACCAUGCGAGAAGCCCGAGGCUCGGCGCCCUUUGAUGAGCCUCUAUCUGCAGGGGACAACAUCACUGCUGAGCAGGCCUUUGAGCAACAUGAUAAAGUGUGGAAAAAGCGGCGACAUACUAUCUCGGCCUUUGACGAAGCCGUUCAAGAAGAACGCGUUCGGACUACACCAGGUGGUCGACGCAAGAAACUGAUGGGCCCUGGUUUUGCAUCAUUUCUAUCACUCACCGCAGCCCAAGCGCAGGUCCGCAAAUGGCUCUAUGCGGUAUAUGUGUAUAUUGUCUCCGGGCUGAUUAUCAUAGGGCCUAUCCGGAAGUACGUUGCUGAGCGUGCCCUGCAAGGACAAGACCCCUUUGGUUGGGCUAUUGGAUAUCUGCUGGGUAAUAUAUCUGGGGUUCGGUUCUGGGUGCUCAUGCUCAAUCUUGAAUAUUGGAUCCAGCUACCAUCCCGACCAGACACCGCUCCGGAAGAAGCCACCUGCUGGCUGGGCUGGGUUGAACAUCUACGCCAGACCUCCUUUGGACCUGCCAAUGCCCGCCUCCUCCUGAGCGCUUACUGCGUUUUAGUUUUGAUUACAGGGCUCGCUAUUGUUUUCCAGCUGAGCGCGAUCGCCGAGGUCGACACUCGGCGUAAGGUUUUCCAUGGCAUGAUGGUGCUCAUGUUUCUACCGACUGUUUUCGUGGACCCGACCUUCUGUGCUCUCGCACUGGGGCUGGUUUUGUCGAUCUUUCUGCUGUUAGACCUCUUCCGCGCGUCCCAGCUGCCUCCGAUCUCGCGCCCUUUGACCUACUUCCUGGCGCCCUACGUGGACGGGCGGGAUCACCGCGGCCCGGUCAUUGUUUCGCACAUCUUCUUGCUGAUCGGCUGCUCCAUCCCGCUCUGGCUGUCCCUGGCGGAUUUGGACCACCAGGGCGAGGCCCCCUGGGCUGGCUGGGACGUGUCUGCGCGCGACGUCAGCAUGGUCAGCGGCAUCAUCUGUGUGGGAAUGGGCGAUGCCGCGGCCUCCCUCAUUGGUCGCCGCUUUGGCCGAUUGAAAUGGUUCUGGGGGGCGGCAAGUCGCUCGAGGGCAGUGUCGCUUUCGCGGUGGCAGUCUCUGGCGGGCUGCUCGUCGUUCGUGCCUGGCUGA